ACCACCAAGCCAGCAGUCAACAGUGAGUGCAAGUCAUCCUGACAACGUAGUUUACAGUUUCGGGGGCUGUACUUUUGUUUGCUAGCGAGCUCUUAGCCAGCAGUCACAGCAGCAGUCAGUGAAUACUUGCUCGCUGUCACAGUUCGUCACUGCCUAGCAACGUGUUAGCUCGCUAGCGAAAACCACAUGGAUCCUCAAAACAGCAACAUGAGCGCUGAGGCGAAGACGUUGUUGAACCACGCUAAGACUCUCCGGCUGUACACCGGGAAUUUAGUCAACCGAAGUCGCCUGAAAAAGAAAUGUCCGUGCUGCCCCAGUGAAGAGCUUCGAGAGUGCAUUCAAGCCACGCUGAGUGAUUGGUUCUCCACAACAAAACCGCCAUCCAAGGACUUUCCAGAUACACUGGACUGCUUUAUUCCCCAGGAAACAGACGCCAUCACACCUGAAGAGAGGGAGGAGCUGAAGGUCUCGGUCAAGCUGUUCUUGUGUGAAUCGGGUCAGUCCUCCAUCAGAGAUGCAGUGGAGAUGGCCUGCCAGACGCUGGCAGUGUCCCAGCUCGACUCUGUUAUCAUAGCGCCACCUGGACCCCUGGAGGGCGAUGGUCAAACCUUGGCUCACCUUCAGCCAGCCUGGGAGGAGCUGGAGGCUCUGGUCAGGAGCCAGCAGAUUGCUGCCAUUGGCACUUCUGACCUGGACAAAGAUCUCCUGGAACAGCUCUACAACUGGGCUCAGGUGAAGCCCAGCAGUAACCAGGUCAACCUGGCCUCCUGCUGUGUGAUGCCUCCUGACCUGACAGCCUUCGCUAAGGAGUUUGACAUCCAGCUGCUCACACACAACGAUCCCAAGGAGCUAAUGUCAAAAGCCACAUUCCAGGAGGCGAUGCAGGAGGGAAUGCAGGACCUGAGCAUCGCUGACUGGAGGCUGGAGUGGGUCCUGCGCUACUCCAUUAUUGUCAAGAGCAGGGGCAUCAUCAAGGCUAAGGGCUAUCUUGUCAGUGCGAGGAAGGCAAGCCCCUAGCACGCUCCCCUAGAGAAGAAGACACACGGAUGAAGCCAUUUUCCUCCUUUCUCUCUCUCUCUCUGUCACACACACACACACAUACACACACACACACAGACAACAUGCAAAGUAAGAGCUCUGAAUAAUGGAUGCUGCCAAUCACCAUGAGUCUUGAAGUCAUUGCAUCUUGAUCAUCUAUGAUUUCUUCAGUGUAACGGAUGCAGGUAUUCACUACCGUCAUCUCAGUGAGAUCAAAAACAGGAGAUGAACAUGCAAGAUCAACUCCAGUGUCAGUUUGGAGAGAACACACUGUGGAAGUGAACGUUUCACAGACAGUGGCUCUCACUGACCCGUACAUUGACAGAUCAGCCAUUAACCACACAAUAUAGAGGCUGCUUUAAUGGUGGAAAUGUAAUUUGCUAAUCUUUGAUCCAAGGUGAAGGUUCCUUAACUUUGUUCUGAAUUGAAGUGCCUCUCAUCUUUAGCUCCUAUCCUCAUUCCUGCUUUGUCUCCACUGUGUCAGUGUGAAUCAAGCUUUAAAUAUAUCAGUCUGAAUGAAAAGAUUAUGAGUAGGUAAAGCGACAGAACAGGGUAGAGAACUAUUGUUUUUUGGUGCAGAAUUAUUGCAAACAUUUUUAAAGGGUAAAUGUGGGGGAAAACUGAAGCAAGUCUGACCAUGCAAUUAGAUUUUCUCCCAAUGUAUAUAAUACCAGUUGCAUUCCGCAGUUAAGUAAAGCAAUGCACUCAAAUCCAACUACACGUGAGAUGUUUAUUUUAUGAUGCUGACUAGAUUUGAUUUCAGCUGGUAAAGCAGACAAAUACUGUAUGUGAGUAUUCCAUAACUUUGUGUUAUCAUGCAUCUUUUCUAACCAUGCGCUAUUUUUGACAAGUCAUUGAAAUGUUUGCCCACCCUAUGCCAUGAGAUUCUUUCGUGGGUUGAGAGUGCAGCACUUUGAGAUGUUUUGACAUGCAUAGGAGGCUUAUGCCCUCUGUUGUAGCACUGGAAACUCCAUGCCGAGAUGUGAAAAGUAGUUUUCAAGGUGGAGUGAGUCAUUCUGGAGAAAGGUAAUUGAUAUUACCAUCUGCCCGUCUUCACAGUGGGAUUGCACGUUAGCAUGCCAGAUUUACCGUCUCCCCUUGCCAUCCCCUUGUCCUGUGCACGAGCGCGGACACCACCGGUUGCAGGAAUAGUGUCUCAUUUACAGAGCCAAGGUUGUGGACAAAACUGGACGCACACACAGAAUGGACAACAAGCAGACCAUCAGGAAAUAUUCACUGAAUAUCAACAAUAUCCAGAUUGACUUGACCCACCUUAUUGAAGAAUCAUGGCCGUUUUUCCAGACAGGAUCCAGUUGAUCUCAUGAAGACAAAUUAUCUGUUGUACUGUAAACAUAUUUAAUGUCAUAUUUCUGUAUAUCAUGGAUUGGCUUUAUUAAAAUUAUGAAACAGA